GGUUUCGGCCCUAAGCGCGCUCCGCGCAUCGCGUGCUUACGCAACCGCCCCGCGCGGAGGUGGUGGGCGCCGGGAGGAGGCUGACGCCAUGGAGGCGAAGCCGGCGGAUCCGCAGCUCUGUGACAGCCUCAUUCUCUGGCAUAACCGCAGUAUCCAACUCUGACUGCAUGCUGGAUCUUAAAGGGAAUCCUGAAGCAACGUGAAAGAGCCUUAAACUGAAAGAGCAGAGUGAAAGAGCAUCCAGCUCUGCGUUCCCACUUGGCACCCAGCACAUGCUUUGCUAGUUGCAGACGUUCAAUACUGCUGCACCUUGCAGAGAUGUUCAGGAUUUGACCAAUGGUGUUGCCAUGGCCCAGGUGCUUCAUCAAAUAGAUGCUGCUUGGUUUGAUGCAUCUUGGCUAAAUCGCAUUAAGGAAGAUGUUGGUGACAACUGGAGGAUAAAGUCCAGUAAUCUGAAGAAAAUACUGCAAGGAAUUAUGGACUACUAUCAUGAGUUUUUGGAUCAGCAGAUUUCAGAAGAACUUAUUCCGGACUUAAAUAAGAUUUCUGAGAAUUCAGAUCCUACUGAACUGGGAAGGCUUAUGCAGCUUAUUUUAGGCUGUGCAGUCAACUGUGAAAGGAAACAAGAACACAUACAAAAUAUCAUGACCCUUGAAGAGUCUGUUCAACAUGUUGUCAUGACAGCCAUUCAAGAACUCAUGAGCAAGGAAGCGAUGGGUCCUUCUGCAAGUGAUGCAUCAAGUGAAAUGGAACAGCAGCUUAAAAAAGCUUUGGAGGAUCUUCAAGAAGCAAUAGCAGAAAAAGAAGAGUUGGCACAAAGAUGUCAAGAGCUAGAUUUACAGGUGGCUGCCCUUCAGGAUGAAAAAAACAGCUUGGUGUCAGAAAAUGAGAUUCUGAAUGACAGGCUGGAGCAAUUUGAUGACUCUCUUGACGAUCCAAAUACUGUAGUAGCAAAAAAGUAUUUUCAUGCACAGUUGCAGCUAGAACAACUGCAAGAGGAAAACUUCAGGCUUGAAGCUGCCAAAGAUGAUUAUCGUGUCCAUUGUGAAGAUCUAGAAAAACAAUUGAUUGAACUACAACAUAGAAACAAUGAACUGACCUCUUUGGCCGAAGAAUCUAGAGCCUUGAAAGAUGAAAAUGAUAUUCUUAGAGCUACUGCAGACAAAGCAAGUAAGCUUGAAUCAACUGUUGAAGUGUAUCGUAAAAAGCUGCAGGAUCUGAAUGACUUCCGAAGACAAGUCAAAUCUCUGCAGGAAACUAACAUGAUGUACAUGCACAAUACAGUCAGUCUGGAAGAUGAACUGAGGAAAGCCAAUGCAGCCCGUGCCCAACUGGAAACCUACAAAAGACAGGUCCAGGAGCUUCAUAACAAGCUGUCUGAAGAAUCUAAGAGAGCUGAUAAGUUAGCAUUUGAAAUGAAAAGACUUGAAGAAAAACACGAAGCUUUAGUCAAAGAAAAAGAGAGACUGAUAGUACAGUAUGAUGCAUUAAAAGAGACUAACGAAGAGCUCCGGUAUUCACAGAUGCAACAGGAUCAUCUGAGUCAAACAGAUGCCUCUCGUAUUAAAAGUCAUGAUAAUCUUGCUGCUGAGCUUUUGCCAGUGGAAUAUAGAGAAAUGUUUAUUCGGCUUCAGCAUGAAAACAAGAUGCUUCUACUGCAACAGGAAGGAUCAGAAAAUGAACGUAUUACGGAGCUCCAGAAACAACUGGAGCAAAAGCAUUGGACAGUAAAUGAACUAGAAACUGAAAAAAGGCUAAACGAGGAGCGUAUUGGAGAGUUACAACAGCAGAUUGAAGAUCUGCAAAAGACUUUACAGGAGCAGGGUUCCAAGACAGAAGGAUCUAGCAACCUGAAGCAGAAAUUGGCAGCACAUAUGGAAAAGCUGAGCGAAGUUCAUGAUGAGUUACAGAAGAAAGAGGCUGCUCUUGCAGAACUACAGCCUGAUGUUAGUCAGAACCCCCAGAAGAUCGGAGAGCUGGAAGCAGCUUUGCGAAAAAAAGAUGAGGACAUGAAAGCAAUGGAAGAAAGAUAUAAAAUGUACCUUGAGAAAGCAAGAAAUGUGAUAAAAACCUUAGACCCCAAGCUGAAUCCAGCAUCAGCAGAAAUUAUGUUGCUCAGAAAACAGAUAACAGAGAGAGACAAAAAAAUUGAAGCACUGGAGGCUGAAUACAAACUUGCUAAGCUACGUGAUUAUGAGGAAAAUUUAAUUGUAACUGCAUGGUAUAACAAGAGCCUAACACUCCAGAAAUUAGGUAUGGAAGCUAGACUGCUUGGCAGUGGUGGUGCCUGCAGGGAUGGCCCAGGACGUUCCUUCCUAGCUCAACAACGUCAUGUCACCAAUACUAGAAGGAAUCUUCCUGUUAAAGUACCAAGUGCAACAUCAGAUUAAACCAUAAGGACCAUGAGGGAAACUUACAUGCUAAAGUGUCCUUAAACGUUUUAUAACUUCCACUUUAUCUGUUUGAUGAAAAAUUAUGUUACAAUGGUGGGCAUCUGUGAAUUCAGCAUCAGAAUUUAUCAAGAAGUGAUUAACUUGAUCAGUGGUAUCUAGAAGGUGACACGUAGUUUUCCAAGUAGAAAUAGAUUUAAUAACUGCAGUAUGUAUUUACAAGCACAACUUAAGAGUUAUAUUUGCCUUGAAGAUAUAUUGUAAAUAUAAAAAUUGGCACUAUGUAUUUAAAACUAUUCAAUGUAUUUGGGCUAGAGAGUUGACUGUUGUAAUAGGAAGAUGUUAUGCAAAAAUAUACUUCAGGAAACUGGCAAUAUUUGACAUUUUUGCUGGCCUCUUCUAAAAUGAAGUUUAAAAAAUUGGUAACAUGCUUUAAAACUACUUCUUACAUAAUAUAAAGUACAAUUCUAGAAGCAAGAAAAUAUUUGCAUUUAUUUAAAAAUAAAUUUUUUAAAUUCUAGUACUAGUUGACCUGUGUAACAGGAGACGGGCUUCGUCAUCUCAAGUCAGAGAUGCAAUUAUUCAGUCUAUUUAAAUAAAGAUCAAGUUAGUGCUUAUAUACACUAAGGAAAUUCUAGCUUUUUAGAUGUUGAAUUCACCAAAGCCAAAUAAGCUGUCUUUUUUCCUAUUUAAGAAAAAGAAAAAAAAGAGCUAUCGUAUUAACUCAAGUCUGGGCUAUGUUUUAAAAGUCUGGAGUACCUGUGCACUGCAUUUGUGAGAUAUGUGGGGGGGAAUGAGGGGACCAGGGUGCAGGUGGUAAUAGUGUAGAAAGAAACCUUUAUUUCCAGCUAUUUAUACAACCUUAGGAAUAGAAAUUAUUUUUCGUCAGUUUUAAAUGUAGUUUCACUGUAACUAUUCUAUGUGCUAUGCAGGUGAGUGAAAGGCUGCUUUGCUAAUCCUUGGCAGCAAAGAUCAAGGGAGAAAAGUGCACAAGCUAUCAUAAUUCCAGUAUCUAGGUGUAGUACGAUGAAGUCAGGACUGGUAUCUGACACUUAAGUGGGGAAGUUGCUACCUUUCACCAAACGUGUGUCACUUUAUUGAAAAAGUGUUGUAUUUUUUGUGAACUGUAUUUUUAAGAAAUUUAUGUCCAUUCUUUUUUUGCAAGCUUAUAUCUGUACAAGGCAUUAUUUAAAAGCCAAAUUCAUCUGAAAAGUGAGGUGGUAUGAGCAGAGAACAUUCCAAACAAACUGCUGUUAAACAGUUGUGUCUGUCAGUUUGUGUUCUUCAGGACUCUAUGCUUCUUUGACUACCUCUUGGGUUUUGAAGUCUUUUACUGCAGCAGUGAUGGUUUUCUUUUUUGUAUUCUUAAGAUACAAUUGUGUCUUUAAUCUGCUAGUGGUGUGGGAGAUGGUGGUGAGCAGUAGAACAUGAGUAAGCGAUAGCAGGAUGCUUACAUUUCUUAAAGCCUGGUACUUCCGUGUGUUCUGGUGAAAUAUGAAACUGUCAUUGAUGCUGUUGAAUGAGUCUCUUAACUUUUGUUCUUUACAGCAUGAAAACUUUGAUGGAAAUCCUUCAAGUAUUCAUCUAGUUAAUAGGCUUGGUACAUGCAGUGUUCUCACAGUAGUAGAGCUGUGUGAGUAGUCGUAUCGGGUGCUGAGUAGUGAAAACCUUGGAGCAAAUAUCUUUAUAUACUUCUCAAAACUGCAGACCCUGGGACCAAAAAUGACCAAGAACCUCCUUAUUAUUUAAUUAGAAGCUUGUCUUCUAAGAAGCAAUGAAAAAUUUAAAUACCUAAUUACAGAUGGGGAUAAGCCUUUUUCAGAGUAGGAAUGGUCUCCAGUAGUCCUUUUGAGGAUGCAAAAAUUUUAAAUGUUCUGGUAUUUGAAGAAAUUUUACUUAUUUGGGUUUUUUUCAAACUGUUAAAACUUAAGUGGCUGAAUACAACCUUAUUUAGUGUUUCUUUAGGAUUUUGGGAACCUGCGGAACAGUGGCUAUUUUGUAACUGGUUAAACUUGAGUUAUGCUCUGUGAAUGAGGAAGUGAUACGCAGAAAUAAUUAUUUGAAUAUAAGCCAUACUGUCGUAUUCACUUCAUCUCAUCUGGGUGUGCAGAAAGGAAUGAAAGUAUUGUUUUAAUGUUAACAUCAUUAACAUCAAACAAAAGCUACUAGUAGAACUGCUGUGUUGUAGCUACGUUUCACAUGCCACAUAACAGCAGAACAACAUAAAUCCAACGUUCUUUGUUGUAGUGUGCACCAUUAAACUCUGGCUAUGGCUGGGGCAGGACAAAGAAAGAGGCUACCUCGCUCUGCAGCAAGAUUAUUUGCAUCAUGCCCAGAUUUCACAGUAAAGUACAGAUUCAUGUGAGGUGAGAUUGUGGAAUACUGCUGAAUUUAAUCAGCACUAUUAGUAAUUCUGGGUGGUUUCCAGUAAAGCAGAUAAUACGGAUCCAAAGAAGCAAGAAUAAGUUCUCAUGACAUAUCAUUUAACUCAUAAUUAUUUUCUUUUACGUAAGAUCUAAGAAAAUAACCACUGAAUAUAUAUGGAAAUGUAUACGGAAAUGGAAAAAUAUAUAUGGAAAUAAUAUGGAAGAGAAGUGUUUUGUAGCAAUAAUACCAAUGUAGGGCUAGAAGGUUCUUUUACUCAAGGUGGAUCAGGCAGCAGUUUUGAGAAGAUGAUUUUUAGAACAACUGUAUUGUAGUGAAUUAAGAAACAGUCACUAAAAAUAGAUUUUUCACCCAACAGUUUUUUCUUCAUUAAAUAUAUACAUACAUAGGUAUUCUAUUUUCUACAACAUACGUUCACUUGAAGGUAAGCAAUAUAAGCAAUACCAAUGUUUUAUUUAAGUAGCCAUAGUCUAGAAAUUAGAAAAUGAAAAUAAUAGUUUGAGUUGACCAUGUCUAGUAAAAUAAUUUUCUUAAAGCUUCCAUGCUUUUUUCCUUUUCCCCAACUAGUCAAGCUAGAGGUAAGAUUUCUUCUUGUAUCAGUGUCUACAUCGUCAGUUGAAAACAAUUGUAAACAGUGUAUUGCAUAGAACUUGAAAAGUUGCACUAAUUUUGACACUUCUUUUUAUUUCUUUGGAAAUGAUUCUUUUAUAUUCACAUAAAAAUUUUUAAAGUUAA